GCUGGCGCGACUCCGGCAGCACAGGGAGUCGCGGGGCAGGACACCGCGCCAGGGCAGCUCUGGGUCUCGGCGCGGGGAGCGGGGUACCUGCCUCACCCCGCCUGCAGGGGGCCCGCACAGCCGCCUGCCGAAGGGGAGGCGCCGGGGGCCCUCCCGGACCCACCGCCUCCAAGCCGCACUGGGCUGCGGGGGAACCCGCAGGGUCCGGGGACCCCGAGGCAGGGCCAGGGUCCGACCCCCGGGUCCCGAGCCCAGGCCGGGCGAUGGAGAGGGGCGGUGCGACGCUCUGUCCCGCCCCGGGGGCGGAGCCGAGCCGGAGCCUGCGGAAGGUUAGAGCCGGGGAAAUUGGCCUGCGACUCCCUCCCCUCCCGCUCUCACGCCUCUCCCCCCACUUUCGAGGAGACCCGGUCCCCUCCCUCUGCGCGCCGCCGGCCGGAACGAGCCUCCCGGGCGCCCUGGUCCUCGGCCCCGCGCAGGUGCAGGUGCGGCAUCCCACCUCUCUCCCCCCGGGAGCAUCGCGCGGGGCGGCCAUGGCGCGAGGAGACGUCCCGCAGGACAGGCAAGUUGGGGGUCCAGGGGGGUGUGCGGAAAUCCGGUGGCCGUGGGCGGCGCAGACCCGCUUCCUUGGGCGCGCUAAGGCGCAAAGCCGAGCGGAUGGAACUACAAUUCCCAUUAGCCGCCUCCCUCCGCGGCCUGCGCCAGGGUGAUGGGGGCUGUAGUCCGCUCCGCCGCGAGGAUGGGGGAGGCGUGGGGGACGGGAGGGGCGCCCGAGGAGCCGCGUCCUCGGGGUGACCUUCUGACUGACCCCCACAGCUACCACCUGGUCGGGGUCAGCUUCUUUGUCCUUGGGCUGGGCACGCUCCUUCCCUGGAACUUCUUCAUCACGGCCAUCCCGUACUUCCAGGGGCGGCUGGCGGGGGCCAACAGCACGAUUGUGACCUUGAGCACCAACCACACUGGCCCUGCAGACACCUUCAACUUCAACAACUGGGUGACGCUGCUGUCCCAGCUGCCCCUGCUGCUCUUCACACUCCUCAACUCCUUCCUGUACCAGUGCAUCCCUGAGACGGUGCGGAUUCUGGGCAGCCUGCUGGUCAUCCUGCUGCUCUUUGCCCUGACGGCGGCGUUGGUCAAGGUGGACAUGACACCCGGACCCUUCUUCUCCAUCACCAUGGCCUCUGUCUGGUUCAUCAACUCCUUCUGUGCAGUUCUGCAGGGCAGCCUCUUUGGACAGCUGGGCACCAUGCCCUCCACCUACAGCACCCUCUUCCUCAGCGGCCAGGGCCUGGCUGGGAUCUUUGCUGCUCUUGCCAUGCUCAUGUCCAUGGCCAGCGGCGUGGAUGCCCAGACCUCAGCCCUGGGGUACUUCAUCACACCCUGCGUGGGCAUCUUCGUGUCCAUCGUGUGUUACCUGAGCCUGCCCUACAUGGAGCUGGCCCGCUACUACCUGGCCAGGAAACCAUCGCUGGCACAAGGUCAGGAGCUGGAGACCAAAGCUGAGCUCCUCCGGUCUGAUGAGAAGAACGGGAUUCCCAACAGCCCUCAGAAGGCAGCCCUGACUCUGGAACUUGACCCUGAGAAGGAGCCAGAGCAGGAGCCUGAAGAAACCCAGAAGCCAGGAAAACCUUCAGUUUUCAUUGUCUUCCGAAAGAUCUGGCUGACGGCGCUGUGCCUUGUGUUGGUCUUCACAGUCACCCUGUCUGUCUUCCCCGCCAUCACAGCCAUGGUGACCAGCUCCACCAGUCCUGGGAAGUGGAGUCAGUUCUUCAACCCCAUCUGCUGCUUCCUGCUCUUCAACAUCAUGGACUGCCUGGGCCGGAGCCUGACCUCGUACUUCAUGUGGCCGGACCAGGACAGCCGGCUGCUGCCCCUGCUGGUCUGCCUGCGCGUCCUGUUCAUUCCGCUCUUCAUGCUGUGCCACGUGCCCCAGAGGUCCCGGCUGCCCACCCUCUUCCCCCAGGACGCCUACUUCAUCACCUUCAUGAUGGUCUUCGCUGUUUCCAAUGGUUACCUGGUGUCCCUCACCAUGUGCCUGGCGCCCAGGCAGGUGCUGCCACACGAGAGGGAGGUGGCCGGCGCCCUCAUGACCUUCUUCCUGGCCCUGGGGCUGUCCUGCGGGGCCUCCCUCUCCUUCCUCUUCAAGGCACUGCUCUGAAGGCUCUCCCAGCAGCUCUCUUCUCGCCGCCCCUUCAGAGCCGAGACCCAGGGCAGAGGAGUGGCGAGCCAGCCCAGGCUCUGCUGGGCGGGGGCCCCUUGGUCUGGAGGUGCCAGGAGGAGGCAGGUGCCGUUUCCUUCCCGGGCUUCCUCGGGGUGCUGCGAGGAAGACUUCACCACCGGUCAUGCCAACCCUCCCCCAGGGUGGAGGCGACGCUCGGAGACGGACACUACCCAGAAGCACCGAAGCCCUCCCUGAGCAGGUGGCGGUCGGGGCAGGGACCAAGGGCCUGGCCCUGCCAGCACCGGGAGCGCAUGUAUCUGUUGGUCACAGAACACAACCCUGGCCAUCGAGGGAGAUCCCAGGCCACAGCGGGGCCUUGCCGAGGGUGCGGCUGGUGUGGCCCCAGCCUCAGGUUCCGAGCGGGAGUGUGGGCCGGCCCAGGGCAGGAACUCUUCUGCUCCCCAGGCCUCAGCGACCCCGUGGUCAGGUCUCUCGGACCCCAGGACAGAGGAUGCCAGGGAAGUUGAGGGGAGCAGGGAGAGAGAACAGAAGUAGUGAUCUGAGGGUGCUCAAAGGACCGUCUGGGCCUCAGACAAUGUUUUUGUUGCCAACACUGUCUCCACCCCAAGAGCCCAGGGGGCGUGGCCCCAGGUCUGUAGUUAGCCUGCAUGUGUGCACUGUGCUUCACGGUGUGCAAAGCUCUUCCACGCCUGCUCUCUCACAGGCCGCAUUGAGGCCCUUGGAGGGAGCCAGGCAGGGAUUGUGCUCCCCCUUUGUACAGGUGAGGAAACCGAGUCCCGGGGUAAGUGGCCGAUUCGCAGCAGAGCUGGGGCCCCUCCUCCCUGUAGGUGCUGUUCUUCCAGCCCAGUUCCUGCUUCUCUCCCUCCAGGGCCUCAAAGCACAGCGCUGAGCACUUACUCCCCGUUUCUGCUGUUUCUGAUCCUGCUCCUGGGUCCAAUAGCAAUCUUCAUUUGUAUAAUGAGGCCU